AUGAGCACCAGCCUCGGGGGCCUGAAGGAAGCCCGUGGAAACCCGUGGCCGUGGCCAAAGGAGCUCAUCACCCUGGGCCCAGAAGAAUCUGCUCAUCGAGUGGUCCUGCAAAGGAUUCAAGAGCUUUCUGAUUUGGACCAGCGAGAUCCCUUCGUGCUGACCGAUCUGGACAUGCCGGUCAGCCGCCAUCGGGCCUUCUGCGAAGGCCUGCCACGGGUCUCGCCCUUCCAUGCAGUGAAGUGCAACAACAGCCCUUGGGUGCUGCGUGUCCUGGCCACCCUGGGCACCGGCUUCGACUGUGCCAGCCAGGUGGAGCUGGAGCAGGUGCUGGGCCUGGGCGUGGCCCCCUCUCGCAUCGUCUGUGCCAACCCCUGCAAGCCUGCCUCCCACAUCCGGUAUGCUGCCCACCACGGGGUGCAGCUCCUGACCUUCAACAGCGAGGAGGAGUUGACCAAGGUGGCCCAGCACCACCCCGGGGCCAGGCUGCUUCUCCAGCUGAGGACUCGGGACAGCCAGAGCAUCUUCCCCCUGAGCACCAAGUACAGGGCCAGCCUGGAGGCAUGUGGGCACCUGCUUGCGUCUGCCAGAGACCUGGGGUUGGCCGUGGUCGGAGCCAGCUUCCACGUGGGCUCCGACUGCCAGACACCCCAGAGCUUCACACAGGCCAUCGCUGACUGCCGGCGCGUUUUUGAGAUGGGCCGCAGGGCUGGGCAUGAUAUGAACCACCUGGACAUUGGAGGGGGCUUCCCUGGAAUGGAGGGCUCCGGGCCCAGGUUUGAGGAGCUGGCGAGAGUGAUCAGUGCUGCCCUGGCCCAGGACUUCCCUGAGGAGUGUGGCAUCAAGGUCAUCGCAGAACCUGGCCCGCUUCUAUGUGGAGUCUGUCUGCACUACCGUGUCAACAUCAUUGCCAAGAAGGCUGUGCUGGAGCCUGGAGGCAGCCGGAAGCUGGUGUAUUGUCUCAAUGAUGGCCACUAUGGCUCCUUCCGUAUCUGCCAACGAGAGCCUGUCCCGAGUGUUCCCAUGGUGGUGAAGGAGUUUUGCUCAGAGCCGCUCUUCCCCUGCACCCUCUAUGGCCCCACGUGUGACGCCUUUGACAGGCUCUUCUUGGAGGAUGUGUGGCUGCCUGAGCUGGACGUAGGCGAUUGGCUGGUCUUCCCCUCCAUGGGUGCCUACACGUCUUCCCUGAGCUCCAGCUUCAAUGGCUUCCUGCCCACCACCAUAUUCUACGCCAUUGGCCCCCAGCUCAGGUGCCUGGGGGUUGGGGUUGAAGAGGAAGCAGGGAACCUCACACUCACUGGAGCCUGGGGUGGGAACUGGUCCCAAGGACUCUCCCUUCCCAUUGACUCACUGAAGUCAAAGGGUCCAUCUGACCUUUAG